UCAGGAACUGCUUUCAGAACUGACAAAAGUUGGAAAAAGCGAGCAGUAUUCGACGCCCGUCAAAUGCAACGACACCGCUCCUGCUUCGCAGGACAAAGCAGAAGGUGAAGGAGCGCACCUAGAGAAUCAGGAGGACCUUACGUCGGGGCAGCAAAAACAACUCACGACAACUGCAGCUCCUGUACGACUACAAGCAGAAACUCACACCGCGGCGGCAAAAAUUGAAAGUAAGCAGGAGGACGACAAACGAGCCGAAGCUGACGGCUUUUGUGGAGCUGAAGACCAACCGACUGAAAAGAGCGGCAGCAGGCGUCCGUCUUGCAGCUACUUGUUCGAUGUGAGGCACGCGAAAAAGAACCACGAAAUCCAAUACUUCCACGAUUGCGACGUCGUGUCGGAGCCCAACCAGCAACUGCUGCGCUUGAUCACACACGCCCUGGUGAAGCCUGCAUUUUUCUGUC